CGGCUCAACUCCAGUCUAGCCCGCGGUACCGGGUACCGCGAACCUCUUUAUCUUUUUCUCAUCGUCUUUGUCGUUGUUCUCGUUAUUGUUCCUGUUAUCAUAAUUACCGUCUUCGUUGUCGUCAUCAUCAUCAUCUUCAUCAUUAUCAUCUUCAUCAUCAUCAUCUUCAUCAUCCUUAUCAUUUUUACUCCCUAAUCAAUCUCUCUUAUAUUCUUUUUAUUGUCAUCAUUCUUUUCCUUUUCUCUCUUUCUCUUUCUCUCUCUCUCUCUUUCUCUUUCUCUCUUUCUCUCUCUCUCUCUCUCUCUCUCUCUCUCUCUCUCUCUCUCUUUCUAUUUUUUUCUUUUCUAUUAUUUUUGACAAUUUCCUUCGAGAGAAUUAUUAUGAUGAUUUUUAAGAUUAUUAAUUUGUGAAGAUAAGAGAUAGAUAUAGAUAGAUCCCUUUUCUUCUUAUUGCUUAUUCUUUCUUCGAUUUAUUUAUCUAUUUUUUUUUCUUUUCUUUUUUUUUUUUUUUUUUUUUUUUGGACACCAUGAGAAGAAAGCAGUAUACGUGUUGACAUCAUCAGCAUCAUUCUCAUAAUCGUAUGCAAUCUAGUUGGAAUAAACAACGCGAAAGAAUCCUCAUUCAUUAAGAUUUUAUUUUAUUUUAUUUGUUUAUUAUUAUUAUUAUUAUUAUUUUUUUUUUUUUUUUUUUCGAAUUGUUGAGAGUAACAAGAGAAAGUUUUAGAGAGACAGAUAGAUGAUCUUAUGAUUUCUUAUCUUCGUUAAUCGGAGAGAUAAAAAAAAGAAGUUUGGAUUCUUUAUAUUUUCGCAGCAGUUAAACGUCAACAGGCACGUCGUUCAUGGAUAUUUUCCAGUCUUCGUUCUUUGGGAUUUUACGGGGAUCGCAAAGUCUCUAAUCUGAUUCUUAUUGUAUAUGUAACCCGUUUACUUGAUAUAUCUCUAUUUUUCUAUCUUUCUUUAUUCCUCUUAUGAUUUUAUCUUUGAAUAUCUAUCGUUUGAUAGAUUAACUAGGGGAUUAAUAGAUUAGAAUUUUCUUUUCUCUUGUUUUCUUUCUUUUUCUUUUUUUCUUUUUUUCUUUUUUCUUUUUUUUUUUUUUAAGCUUUUAUCUUUUCUACAUUUCGUUUUAUCAACAGAUAAAUACAAAUCAUUGUGAAAUCGAGAGUGAUCUAAUCAGAUGUAUCGUUACAUCAUAUUUUAAAAUUAAACGUGGAGUCAAUCAAAGAUGCUUAAAAUGAGCCUGAUGCAAAGUAAUCUACUAUCAUACAUGAUGAUCCUUUACUUCCUUUUUGUGAGUGAGGCUUAUCAGAGGAAGGAUGGCAACAAGGAUGGUUCGAAAUUGAUAAGGAUUAAUGGCGAUAUCAUUCUUGGAGGAAUUUUUCCUAUGCACGAACAGGUAUGGGUAAGAUCACGUGGUGCUGGUACAAUCGGUGAAUCACCUUGCGGUGCAGUAAAGGAAGAAAAAGGUGUACAACGAUUAGAAGCAAUGUUAUACGCAUUAGACGAGAUUAAUGGUGAUCAAGAGCUUCUACCAAACACUACAUUGGGUGCAUUGAUAUUAGAUUCAUGUAGCAGCGAGACGUAUGCUCUUGAUCAGAGUAUGGAAUUCAUGAGAUCUUAUAUGAACCAGGACAUUUCAGAGUACAAGUGCGAAGAUAAUAAACCACCUAUAUACAUGCCACAUAAACCAGUAACCGGAGUAAUAGGAGCUUCCUUCAGUGUAGUUUCCAUCAUGGUCGCUAAUAUUCUAAGACUUUUCAAGAUACCCCAAGUGAGCUAUGCAUCAACCAGCACUGAAUUAUCGGACAAAAGUCGUUUCGAGUAUUUCAGUAGAGUUGUACCACCAGACAGUUUUCAAGCGCAGGCCAUGGUCGAGGUGAUACAUCGCUUAGGAUGGAAAUAUGUUUCUACGGUGGCCGUCGAAGGUGAUUAUGGUGAAAAGGGUAUCGCCAGUUUUAUAUCGUUAUCUUUGGAAUAUAACAUUUGCGUUGCUGUAAGCGAGAAGAUAUUACGAAAUUCGAAGACCGUAGACUUUGAUAGGAUCGUAGAAAGACUAAGCACGAAACAUAAUGCUCGAGGAGUCGUAUUGUUCGUUGAUGAAGAUAAUAUAAGAAAACUUCUUCAAGCUACGGUGAGAGCCAAUCGUACGGGUCACUUCAUGUGGGUUGGUAGUGACUCCUGGGGUGCUAAAGUUUAUCCGGUGAGAGAUCAAGAAUUUGCUGCGGAGGGUGCUAUCACUAUACUACCAUAUAGGACUGCCCUUAAAGGUUUUGACGAAUACUAUCUUAACCUUCGACCAAGAAUGGCUAAUGAAUGUCAAGGACAAAGUGAGAAUAAUAUUCCACACGAAUCAUUACCCGGAAAAAUAGUAAAUUGUAGGAAUAUAUGGUUCCGUGAGUUUUGGUCGCAACAUCAUAAAUGCACUUUUAGCCAAAAUGCAUCGAUCGAAAUGACGAGAUGUACUGGUACUGAAGAACUUAAGGAUUACGAGCAAGAAGGGCUGGUACCUUUCGUUGUCGAUGCUGUAUAUGCAAUGGCUCAUGGAGUUCACAACGUGAUAGAGGAAGAAUGCGAAAAUGAAUUUACUGGAAUGCAUUAUGUUUGCGAAACUUUGAAACCUGCACCCGAUGGCCAACAACUUCUACAGUAUAUUCGAAACGUUACCUUCAUUGGUCGUCAAGGUACAGAAAUUAAAUUCAAUACCAAUGGCGAUGCCUACGGGUUUUAUAAUAUUUAUCAAUAUCAACGUAACGAAGAAAAUCGUUUUGAUUAUACUCUGAUUGGCACUUGGAAAGAAGAAUUGGCUUUUGAUAUCAAUAUGACCAGAUGGGCAACAGGAGCUGGUGAACUUCAUAUACCAAGAAGUUCUUGCAGUGAUAAUUGUCCUUUAGGUCACGUCAGAAAUUUCCAGGAGGCAUGUUGUUGGAGAUGUGUAGCUUGCCGAGAAGAUGCUUACGUGUUCAACGACACUUGCAGCAGCUGUGGACCUGGAUACGCUCCUGACGAAACAAAAACAAGUUGCAUCAAACUAACAGCUGAAGUUAUAUCAUGGACCAGUCCGUGGGCAUUGGUACCAUUAGUUUUCGCUUCCAUUGGCAUCCUCAGUACACUUUUCACAACGUUUGUAUUCAUUCGAUUCAAUCGUACCCCAGUGAUCAUGGCUUCUGGUCGAGAAUUAUGUUACGUUUUACUCGUUGGGAUUCUAUCUUGUUAUGGGAUGAGCUUCGUUAUAUUGAGCAAACCAACAACAUGGAAUUGCACCUAUCUUCGUAUUGGUCUAGGCCUUUGCUUGAGUAUUUGUUACAGUGCAAUACUCACCAAAACUAAUCGUAUUUCACGUAUAUUCAAUCAAGGUACGAAAAGUAUCAAAAGACCUUCAUACACGUCGCCAAAAAGUCAAGUUGUUAUUGCUAUCGGGAUCACUGCAGUCCAACUGAUCGGUGCCAUCGUUUGGCUGAUUAUCGAACCACCUGACACCACAGAGAUCCAUCCGUAUCCACUAUCAGCUGUAUUGACAUGUCGUGUCUCAACGUUCUCCUUGAUGAUGUCUCUUGUAUAUAAUAUGUUCCUCAUACUGAUGUGUACUCUAUACGCAUUUAAAACAAGAAAAAUACCAGAGAACUUCAAUGAAGCUAAGUACAUUGGUUUUACCAUGUACUCGACCUGUAUAGUCUGGCUUGCCUUUGUACCGAUUUAUUUUGGUUCGAAGAAUGACUACAAGGUCCAAAUAGCAAGCAUGUGUAUGUGUAUCAACAUCUCAGCGUCUGUUGCUCUUGGUUGUCUAUUCACACCAAAGGUCUAUCUUGUAUUAUUUCAACCUUACAAGAAUGUACGACCUGGUCCUAACCCAGGAGGUGUUCAUUGUAUUAACAGGCCAACGUUCAUAAUGCAAUUUUCGGGUGCGAGAAGUCAAACGAUGCAGAGCAUGACCUCAGGAUCACGUAGCAGCCCUCCCCCAUCACGAGCAUCUCGAAGUGAGCAAAAGCAUGUAAAUGGUGAAAGUCAAGCACUGGCAAGCCCGUCAGUCGAAGAAACAUCAGUUAGCUAGGUCGCUCUCAUACACCUCCCUCUUUGUCCAGAGCAUCAUCUGAAGGUGCAUGAGACUGAGGUGGAGGUGUAUGUCGAUGAAGAAAUCGCAAGAACAACAGAGAAACUCUCGAUCGUUAGUGAAUUAUCAGAGUUACCAGAUGUGCCAAGUUCUGAUGAGGACUAUGACCUUGAACAGGUAACUACACCGAUCAACAGCAUCUCUGAAAGGAUAGAUGUCUCUACGAAAUUGAACGAUCGUCCGAACGAGGAACAUAUUGGACGUAUUUAUAGUGCAUCUCCAACAUUCUCGGAUUUUUCAUCAUAGUGUUCGACGUUAAUCUUUUCUUCAUUUCGUCAAACUAUUCAAUUAUGAUCUAUACUCGAGUAUAACUUCGUACUCUCGAGAUAUAGUAUUAUAGACAGGUCUUUUUACUAUUUCAAUCGGUAAGUAUGAUUAUAAAAUCGUUCAAGGACAAACUUUUCAAACAAGAAUUUCGAAAAAAUUUUAAGGCUCUAAUUAAUCGAGUGGUAUUCGUACGUACACGUAAUGACCUAAUUGUUCGUUCAUAAAUAAUAUUUUUUAUAACCAUUUCUCUCGUUGACAUCUUCGAGUAUACUUUUAAAAAAGGAUUAAAUUGACAUAUAAUAUUUGAUUCGUUUUUAUGAGAAAAAUUUUGAUCCUAAUCAUUCGUUUUUAUCAUCCACUUAUAGAGAGAAAUGUUUCUGUAAAAUAUACAAUAUAUAAUAUCCAAUUGAUUUUUCAAUCGUGUUAAAUCCAAAUAUAAUUAAUUAUCAUGUCCGAUAAUUAAGACGAUAUUAUACAAAGUUAGAGGCAAAUUACUACUUGCAGCACGAUAAGAAUUGCUAGGUAAGAGAAAAAACACUAUGAAUAAUGAUGAUAAUGAUAGUUUUUAGUCCUAUAAUUAUUAUUGAUGAUCGUGUCUAUAUUUGUAGUAAGAGAAAUUAAUGAAUAUAAAGAAAAAUUCGAUUUUCCAUGUUUCUUUCAAUAUUGAUUUUUUUGUUUUUGCAGAAAUUACUAUUGCAUAUCGAAAAAAAAAAAGAAAAUGGAUUUAACUAUAGGACUAUAAGCGUCAAAUAUAAGGCUCUUAAAUAUUUUCACGAACAUCGAUUUUGAAAUAUUUCUUCCUAAAUCGGCUGUACUUCAUAUUUCAAUUGCAUCGUGUGUCUCGAAAAGCACUGCUGUUUUUUGUACGAUAAUAUCUAAUAGAAUCUAUAUAUUAGAACAAAAAAGAAAUCUUAGAUAAAUAAUUAUAUAAUAUAAUCGUGUUUAUGGAGAAAUCGAAUUUGCAUAGUAUAUAUUAUAUAUAUAUAUAUAUAUAUAUAUAUAUAUAUAUAUAUAUGUGUACAUUGUACAUAAUACCGAAUCAUUGAUAGCUUUCUUUACAAAAAAAUAUUUGCAUUCUUUAGAAUAUUACUAUAUAUUAACAAUAUUGCGAAUAAGGAGAUAAUUAUUUCAUAAAAAAAUAAAAAUAUAAAAAGAAAAAAUAAAAAGAAAAAAAAACAAACUUAUAAACGUCAAUGUGUCGACGUGCCAAAAGAAAUAUAAUGGACGGUAGAUUUCAAUUAGAAACAAAGGAAGACGAAAAAAGAUAGUAGAAGAUCGUAUUGAACUUUGUAACUGCAACGAAAAUGAACAUGUGUUGUAAUAGAGUACUGCAUGUGUAAAUGUAAAACACCAUAUACUCGUGAUGUAAAAUAAGCAACGUAGUUACAUCACUUAAAUGCAAUUUUUGCAGAUUAACAAUAAUGUAUAAUCUGUUGAAUUAUUAUUAUCGAUUAUAUAUUAUAUAUAUAAUUGAUAUAUAUAUAUAUAUAUAUAUAUAUAUAUUAGUUGGUGAUUUGAAAAGUAAUCUAAAUCAUAUACAUAUUUUUUGUUUUGAGAUUUUUUUGACAUUUCAGUUUGAAUUAUUUAAAAAUUUUUUUUUCUGUAAUGAGGCAAGCAAAACAAGUAUAUUCAUUUUUGAAAUCAAAAAAAAAUUAAUUCUCUUUUAUGUAAUUUUCAAAUUUUUAAAAUAACGUGUUAAAAAAUAUUUUUUUUUUAAUAUCUCGAAUGAUUUAGACCACUUCCAUAAUC